CUUCUAUCUGUUCACUUGCAGCCCUUGCUGGGAGUGAAUGAGAUGCCGUGUCGAGGCUAGAGGCAGCGGUGGACUGUUCCCCAGUCAGUGGAAAGCCCCUCUAGAUGAGCCAGUCACAGCCCCCCAGCUGCACGGUAAAGGAAUAAGGAUUUAAUAUGUCAACAGAGGCCGAGCUCCAGCCUGCUGCCAGACCCAGCGUCAGAAAGGACUCCAAGAAGAGAGGGCAGGACCGCAGUGAAGCAGCUCUGAUAAAGCGUUUUAAGGGGGAUGGAGUUCGCUACAAGGCCAAGCUCAUUGGGAUAGAUGAGGUCACUGCUGCAAGAGGAGACAAACUCUGUCAGGACUCAAUGAUGAAACUCAAGGGAAUCGCAGCCUCUGCGCGGUCUAAAGGAGAACACAAACAGAAAGUUUUUCUCACCGUGUCCUUCGGAGGGAUCAAGAUCUUCGAUGAGAAGUCAGGGGUGAGUCGGGGUAGUGCUUGA